UAAUAUAGACUGCAUACCAACUGACAACUAAGCUUGCGCUUCUCUACAUUACUGCGGCUGUUAACCAAAUAAUUGCUAGCUAACAACUUGUAGCUUUAAGAAGUUACUUUUCGGUCGGAUAUACUUUAAGUUACAAAAAAAUGAUAAUACAAUUGAAUGGAAUACUUUGGGACCAACUAUUGCACCGGCCACAAUAAUUACCUACCUUUGCUGCCUAGUUAUACAUUUAAAAGUCGCGGUUGUUGUACAUUUCGAUUGUCCUUACGCUAAGAAACAUUAGCUUUUCGUCAGUUAUGUUUUUUUAGAGGUCCGAAAUAGUAUUUGUACUUGAUUGAAAAUGGUAUUACUAUGAACAUCGGCUCAUGGUUACAAUUUGCUCUAGUUUGUGAAAUGUAAAUAUGUCUGAUACUUGUGCAUUGUUCCCUAGGCAACAGACUGAUCAACGUUCCUCCCUAACAGUAGCGACAGCGAACUAGCCAUCCAAAAUAACAGUGAUUGUAGUUACUAUUUUCCUACAUACAUGUAGCAAACAAGGUACUUGAUACCACAUAACAUUAUUUAAUACAAUUAGGAAAAUCCCUAUUCGUUAAGGGAUGGGAAAGACGCCUGCUGCGAUGAUCCUCUGGCGGCACCUGAGUGCGAGGUAGUGAGGGUGCAAAGGCAAUGCAGUCUGCUGUUAACUGCGCAACCAUCAUACAAUGAAGAAGAUAUUCAACUUCACCAAGAAAAAGAAAGGCUUCUCCCCUAACACCUCGGACACUGGGAGUGUGCUGUCUGUGGGUUAUGAUUUGAAGGAGAAAGACCUCGGAAAGGUCCACAAGGCUGCUUAUGGGGGUGACUUGGCUAAACUGAAGCAACUCGCAAAGAAGAACGACAUCAAUCAGCUUGAUAAGGAGAACAGAACAGCACUUCACUUCGCCUGUGCCAAUGGACAAACAGAUGUGGUCCAGUUCCUUGUUGAGAUCAAAGCCAAACUCAACCUAUGCGACAAUCAAAACCGAUCCCCCCUGAUGAAGGCUGUACAGUGCCAGCAAGAACGCUGUGUGGCCACGUUGCUAGAACAUGAUGCAGAUCCUAACCUGGUGGACAUCAAUGGAAACACAGCCUUGCACCUGGCUUCCUGCAUUCCUGCUGUCUCCACUGCCAUCCUGCUGUUGGAGCAUGAGGCCAACGUCAACGCCCAAAACAAGGAGGGAUAUUCCCCUCUGACUAUGGCAGUAAAGGAGAACCAUGCUGAGAUGGCAGAAUUCCUCCUUAAGGAAGGAGCUGACGUGAACAUAAAGGACCGGGGACACAGGUCCCCAUUGAUGAUUGCUGCUUGCAAUGGUCAAAUCAGUAUGGUGCGGCUACUCCUGCAGUAUGAUGCAGACAUCACUUUAAAAGACAACAAUGGAUGGUCGUCAGACGACUAUGCUGUAAUGAACGGACACCAUGCUUGUUCACAUCUUAUUAUUGAGCACGGCACCAAGAGGAUGUCCAUUCCGUCUCUUACCCACUACCCGACCAAAAAGAAUCAAACAUCCAUGUUGGGCAGCUCUUCCCAAGAAACAGGCUUCUCUCUGGGGGGACCAGCCACUGACAAAGAAGAACAAGGAGCAAGUCAAGCAGGGAGAGAUGUUGAAGACAAUUCACAAACAGAGUCAAUGAGCCGGGCAUCAAAAAGUGUAGCUGAUGAUUCCUGGCCAUCCACAGAUGAAGAUGACAAAUUGGAUAUAGGUCCAAAGAGACCCCCAAAGCUAAACCUAAAGAAACUGAUGAAUGCCUCCAAAACAAAAAAAAAUUAUGCUGUACCUGAUCUCAACGAGUCUGAGUGUGAGAGCGAGGACAGUGUCCAGAGAAACCCAUCCCUCCCCAAGGCAUUCCCACCAAGAUCUUCUCCCCAGUACCCAGUCUCUCCCUUACCCACCUUCAACUCCAAUCCUCUCCCGAUGACCUCCACCCCUCUCCGGAGUUGCAAAAAGGAAAAAUAUUCAUCUGCGGAUGAUGACUAUGAGGACUAUGAAGAAGAUGAGGGAGUUGAUGAGGAGGAUAAAAGGUACCAUGAGGAGCUGGAUAAAAAAAAGACAAAGCAACCUACAGAAGAGCAGAAAGACAAUCCCUUUGUUGAUGUUUCACUAGUUGCAGGAAGUGAGGAUGCCUCCAAAGAAAAACAAAGAGAUUUUCUUUCCGAGUUGGGUCUGGAGAAGGAAGACGACGAAGAAGACUCAUGGGACACUGAGUCUGGCUCUGGAAGUCCCAGAAAACAGCAUGUCAGAGUUCUUGCAAAUGCACCACAUGUUUCCAUUAUUUCAGAGGAGAACAAAGAAGUUGUAAGAAAUGAAGAUGAGGCUGCUGGCAGUUCUAAGGUUCCAGAAAAGCACCCAGAAAAAGUCAAAAUGGAAAUGUUGUCUAUCUUCAGCAAGCUUGAAUUGGCCAAAGAAGAUAAUGAGAAAAAGACUGACAUUAUGGAGGAUCUUGGGGUGGGUGAUGUUGAUGAUUUUGAAGAAGCUAAAAGAAAACCUGCAGAAGCCUCGGAUUGGGACGUGGCCAGCACGGCCAGCAGGAGAACCCUUUCGGGCUGCAGAGCAUCUUCCCCCGGGUGCUUGGAGGUCAAGGCGGUUGUCCAGGAGCAGGAGGCAGACCCCCCUCACCUAGAUACUGUAGAUAUAGCUGACAGGAGCAGUCCUGAGGAGACAAGACCCUCUCCCUCAGACAGCCCACUGGCCAGACCCGGCUCCCUUUUUCCACAUACCCAACUGCAACCCCAGCACUGUGCUAAGGAGACACUGCUCCAAACUGCAGAGAGUGAGAAAGACUCUGAUUGGGAUUCCGAUCAUGUGACUACCUCCAGCCUGGUAAAGCCUGAGAAUCAACAGCUGAACAUAACGGAGAACUCAGCUGUGUUGAAACCAGAUAACCAUCUGUGUGAGCCCUCACCAAUAAAGCAAAAGAGCGAGAGCAGUCCAGAGCCAGAGAUGCAGUUACAAGAGGAGAAAGAUGAUGUGUUAGACCCAGCAGAGGUAGAUAUAAGUAACCCAUACCACCUUGGUCCAGUGAGGUCCCAAACUUGGCAGGAGGAAAAAGAGGAACAAGGGAGAUCUAGAGAUAGAGAAGAUGGAGCCAGUAAUGAGAGUGAGAAAGAGCCUGGUUGGGAGAAAUGUUAUGAGAAGAUCUGGAUGGAGAUGGAGAAAAGGGAUGUCAUGUCUACCUACAAGAAUGUGGCCGCUGAACUGAAAGAAAUGUUCGGUGAACUUCCUGCUGAAUCUACCUGUGAAGAAAUCACAGAUGAGGAGUUUUUAGCUCCAACCAGAACAGCAGAGAAAGAGUUUAGUGACGAGGAUGGGAUGGGGGAGCCGAUACGUCCAUUGGCCAGGGUGAGAAGGAGUAGUAGCACUAUUGUCCUGCUGACUAUUCCUGAGCAGAGCGAGUCGGGACUGGAUGACUGUUCAACAGAGUCAACUGACAACUACCACUGCGAAAACAAGUCUCAACGAUUUGACACUCCUGGGAGUUCCCACCUUUCUCCCAGGGUCGAUGACCAUGAGAUGACAAACCAGCAGUGCAGCUGUGGCAAGAAGCCAGAGAAUAGGUUUCCUUUACCUCAACUGUCUGGAGGAAUCAGUGGAGAGCAAGGAAACUUUGAUUUGGAUUAUGUAUCCAAGACCUUCACAGAUGACAAUGUAGCCUCAGUGGAACUCAAAUCUGACUCUUCAUGGAACAAAGUAAAAACCAAUGCCAUUCCAGACAAAGAUACCACUACCGGAGUGCAGACUUCCCCAGAGGGAGCUAGGCCAAGGCUCAUUCAGGAAGGUAUUGACGAUGAGCAGAGCCCUUCCAUGUCUGAAGAGGAGCCUGAAAUGCUACCCUACCAGUCCCAGCCAACCUCAGUGAGCAUUGUGCUCCCCCGAGCUCCCUCGCAUCCCUCAGAUGAAGAGCUGGAGGAGUACCUGCAGGGGUUCAAGCACAAGGUGGACGAAGGCAAGACAAAGAUCAAGGUGGCGGUGCUACAAAACUCCAGUGCUUUGCAGGAUGCAGGAGGACCAAAGAAUAAACAGUCUAAAAAAAAUGCUGAGGAGAAACCUGAGACCACUUUAGAACACCCUGAAGAGUCACUAAGUGUACAUGGAGCAUUAGAAAGCGAACAUCAGCUCAGAUUAACAGACAGUAUUUCCCAGAGGCACUGGUCCAAAAGUCAAAAAAGCACUAACAGGGCUGUGGAUGACCGACUACAGCAGCAGAAGAUGCUUGGGAGAGCUCUAGCCACUGAGGCCACCUUACAGAUACCUUGUCUGGGAGAAGGCAAACAAGGCCAAGUCCCGCAGGCAACUAACCAUGUUAACGGACGAGACUCCAUCUCAGUAUUUGACGAUAGCACUUUAAGUGACGUGUCGGACAAUGAUGGAAGGCCUCUAUCUGAAGUGCAUCAUAAGGACAAGCCCCCAAAUGCUGGUGACAUGGAUAUGGCGGAAGAAUUUGAUGAGCUCACACAGUCAUCAGACACAGCCACGUCUGACCUUGAAGACCUCUCAUCUGCCUAUCGUCACACCUCUUCCAUCAUCAAACAGCUUGACUUUGCCACUUUAGACUCUGUAAGCAUGGUAAAGCUGCAGAACAUGUUUCACGAGUACGAGCGCACCAUCCAGAGGGAGCGGGACCGACAGGGGCGCCUGGUCGACAAGAUGUGCCAGCUGGAGGCACAGCAGGUUGAGCUGAGGGACUCUCUGGAAGAAAGCCGUGACAGCAAACAGGCCCUUGAUCACCGGCAGCUGGAGCUGGACACAGACCUCAACAACCUCAAGUUCCAGCUAAAGCAGGAGCAGGAGAAGCACCGGAAUGCCUCAAUGCUGUACGAAAAGACCAGGGUGCUGCUACGGAAGAAAGAAGAGGAUCUCCGGACUGAGGCAGAGGGAAAGCACAAGGUGGAGCUUGCCUUGAGGAACUUGGAGUUGGAGAAGAGGGCCAUCCUUAACAAUAUGAAACAGUUGGAAGAGGACCGUAGUGAGACACAGAAACUGUUGAACCAGGAGCGUGGUGCCCGAGCUCUGUCGGAGACCCUCCUCAAUAACAACCUCCGCAAGCAGCAGGAGAUCGAGGAGGAGAACCGGAGGACCAUCUGCAAGAGCAAUGAGGCCUUGUCUCAGCUAACGGAGGCCACAGACCGGGAAAGAGAGCUGCUGCAGCAGAACUCAGCCCUCCAGGAUGACUUGAGCUCCCUGAGGGUUGAGCUGGAACGUUCCCGCUCUCACAGUCGCCAGGAGGAGUCCCGCCUCACAGAGGAGUGUGAAGCCCUCCGAGAGCACCUGGAGGAUGCCCGGCGUGACCUCAAGCUCAAUGAGGAGGCACUAGCCCAGAUGGUCUAUCAGUACACCGGCCAGUUGACCACCCUCAAGGCGGAGCUUUCCGUGACAUCCACUAGACUAGAACACGAGCGCCAGGCAAGAGAACAGCUAGAAGCCGAAGGUGAGUCAGGGAGGACACGGCUGACGGGUGCUCUCCAGGAGGCAGAAAGAUGCCAGGCUGCUCGUGCUGAUGCUGAACGGGCUCUUCAACGAGAGCGCGAGGAGCGCCAACGAGCCCAGGACAAGCUUACGGGAGAGACGGCAAACAAACGUGAGGCAGUGGGUGGGCUGUCCCAGAAACUUGCCAAGGCAGAGUCACGCACUAACAGCCUUGAAAAUGAGGUGCAUCGCCUCACCAUGGCUCUCACGGAGACAGAGCACAUGGUCACUGCACUGCAGAGGGAAAAGGAAGUGGCUAUGGGCAGGUUGAGGGAGCUUGAGGCAGCACUACAAGUGGAGAGGGAGCAGGCAGUGAGAGCAUGCGCCCGACAGGAGGCGCUGCAGGAGAGGCUGGCUGUGACGCAAAGUGAAGGCAUGCUGAUCAGGCAACACCUGGAGGAGGCUCAGAACAAAGGGAUGGCAAAGGAGAAGGCUGUGACUGAUGCUCAGGAACGCUUUGGUGACCUGCUGGCUAAGCUACGAGCAGAUGGCGAGGAGCAUGUGCAGCUGGUGGAGGAGAGGAGCAGAGAAUUGGCCACAAAAGCGGCAGAGCUCAGAGACCAGGUCUACAAGUUGGAGGAGGAGAAGAACGAAAGGGAGACCGUUUUGAGGCAGCUGCAGCAAGAACUCGCUGACUCACUUAAGAAACUGUCAAUGAGCGAGGCUUCUCUGGAGGUGAACACUCGCUACCGCAAUGACCUGGAAGAAGAGAAGGCGCGUCUGCUCAAGGACAUGGAUCGUCUCAAGGGGAAGCUGGAGGAGAGUGAAGACCAACACGUUCAGGCAGAGCGCCGCAUCAACGCCCUAAAAAGCAUUCUGAAUGAGAAGGAUCACGAGGUGGUUACUGCCUCUCGGAAACUGCAGGAGGUGUUGUUGGCCUCAGCUGGCUCAGACAGCAUCAGAAAACAGCUGGAGGAGGCGGUGCAGAGGUUGGAAAUUGAGAAUGCCAGGCUAGAGGCUGCAGCCAAGCAUCAGACCAACAAUAUCGAGGCACUACAGAAAGAUGUCCAAGAUGCUGCCAUUGUCAGAAACCGUUUGGAGAACUUUGUGACUGGGCUCCAGAGCAGCAAGAUGACCCUGGAGGAGCAACUUAGUCAGGAGGUGCAGAAACAGAGUAUGCUGUCCCACAAUGCCCAGGACUCUCAUACACUGUGGGAGGAGCAGUUGAAGAGCCGUUCAAAAUUGGGACUGCGCCUGGCCGAGUUGGAGAAGGAGAAAGCAGAUCUCUUUGAACAGAUGGAACUGGAGAAGAAGAAGGUCAAGAAGAUAGCGGAACAAAAGAAGUCUGUAGACAACAGGUUGGACCAGGAGAUGAAACGAAACACUGAGCUACAGAAAGAAAUGUACAGACUGCGAACCUUGGUAAAGACUGCUAAGAAGAAACUUCGGGAACAGGAUGGACCUGGGUUUGAGUUGGGCUCGCCCAUAAGCAGCAUGAGAGGGGAGAUGGGCCACAGACAGACUGAGGCUGCCAUCAGCAGGAUGAAAGACAAGGUGGACGACCUGUCAGUGCAGUUGCAGAAGGAGGCAUCACGCUGCAGCCAGCUGGAGAGGGUCAACAAGGAGCUAAAGGAGCAGUUGGUGUCCUUUAAGAACCUGGGCCGUAGCAAUGAGCGGCUGGAACGCAGCAAGAAGCAUCUGGAGGAAGAGUUGUUGGGCCUGCGACAGCAGGUUGAAUUAGGAGUGAUUGACCAGAGUCAGGUGGAUCAUUAUCGACGAGAAGCAGAGGAGAGGGCCCGCCAGGAGAUCAGGCAAAAACUGGAGGAGGUCAACAUCUUCCUACAGACUCAGGCUGCAUCCCAGGAAGCAUUGGAUCAGAUUAAAGCUGCCAGCGAAGCAAGCCUGCGCUCGACUCUGGAGCAGCGUAUCCGGGAGCUUGAGGGUGAGCUGGGCAGGGCACGCUCCACACAGCAAGACAGCAUGAAUUUGCGAGACUCCACCCACACUGAGCUGGAGCGCUACCGGGAACUCUAUAUGGAGGAGUUGCGUCUCCGCAAGAGUUUGGCUGCUAAAUUGGAGAGGUCCAAUGAAAGACUGGCUGAAGCCAAUGCCAAAUUGUUGAAUGAGCGGCACCGCAGCAAGUCCCUAAUUGCCAGCAGCAUUGUCAACGGCAGUUUGGGAGGGCCUUCGCACCUGGAAAUGGGCUCCCUGGGGUCUGUCAGCGCCUACGGAGCCACGCUUGGUCCUCCCAAUAGAAACAUUGGAGGGCCCAUUAAGUCACUCGGAGAUGGGGUCCAGAGCAGCAGAGUGGAAACCUACCUGGCGAAGGUGCAAAAUGAAUUAGAGAGAAACAUAUCAAAGGAGUUGGACCAUGCCACAGCAGAGCUGGAGGGUUCAGCCAGAGUGCCUCCGGUAGGCUCUGCAUCGGGCUCCCCUAUAAGCCUGGGUAUGGGUCUCAGUGUGGCGCAGGACCCGGUGAUCAGGGCCACCCAGCAGUACUUGGAGGUUCUUAAGAAGAACUAUAUGAUCUAAAGAAAGCACAGCUGCCAGAACUCGCUGCCUUGUUCAUUGAAUUAUUGGGAACAAUAGCCGUUCACUUUACCAUGACCUGGGUGGUGUUCAUUAGGGCACAGACAUGGAGGAGUCCAUCCGGAAGAGUCACAGAUAUUCCCUUCUUUUUCUGUAAUUUUUUUUAUGUCAUCAUCCAGGGUUUUCUUACUGCCUGUUUACACAAGAAGAACAUUCACAUUGAGAAUACUAACACUGAAGGCUAAAGCCACUCCACUACCAACACAUGUUUUUUGUUGUUUUUGUAACUAUUUAUUCUGUCUUUUAAAAAAGGAAAUCAAUCUGAUGCACAUUGCACUUAUAAACUCAGGGGCAACAUGGCAUGCUCAUUCUUUUCAUAGUAUUGUUUGACUUUUUAUAAAGCCAUAUUUUAAACAUCUAUGUUGUUAUCAUUUGGGACAACCAAGAGCAAAGUGGGGAAAAGCUCAUAUUUAAAAUGCGUUUAAGUUCAUAACUCGAUUGGUGUUUUUUUUAAACGCAUAGCGCUCUUACUCAUGAGUUAAGAGCUAAAAUGAGCAGGUACUAACGAGCUAAUUCCUCAAUCAUCAUUGAAAAUAGGAGUCAGUGGUUUUUCACAAGUAUUAGCACAAUAUUUUUCUUACAAAUCGUAUAAUCAAAUGGAAUGGUUAUGAACCCAUUUAUUAAUAUUUUAUCUAUGCAUUAGUUCCUUUAAGUCUAGUAUAGAUUCCUGCAUACAUAUUUUCUUGAUAGGUUUUUUGUUUUUAUUUGUUGGUAUUCCGUGGUGUUUUUUCUAGGAUUAGAUGUAACAUGAAUAGUUAUCAGUAUGUUGCAAUUUUGGUACCCAGCCGUGUGAUGGUGAAAUAUGUUUCUUUGUCCUCAUCUUGUUUUAUAAAAAGCUAUGUAUUAUUCUUUUGUUUUCAUAAUGCACAGGUUAUACUUCAAUAAGAUUACCAUGGAUAUGCUUUAAUUCACAUUUGUCAAACCAGUUCCAAGAAGGGUGGAGUAUCUUACCUUGUAGUAGGUUUUUGCUCUUACCUUGUACUUGAUUGAUUAUUAAGGUCACUAUUUAGUUAGGGUGUCCGCUCACCUGAUUGUCCUCAUUUUGUCAGUAAAAACCAGCAUAUACUGUGGGUAUAACAAGUAUUUAAUACACUGCCGAUAUUGCAGGUUUUCCUACUUAAAAAGCAUGUAGAGGUCUGAAAUCUUUAUCAUAGGUACACUUCAACUGUGAUAGACGGAAUCUAAAGGAAAUCACAAAAAUCCAGGAAAUCACAUUGUAUGAUUUUUAAAUAAUUAAUUUGCAAUUUAUUUCAUGACAAGUAUUUGAUCACAAUGUGAUUUUCUGGA